UGGUCGGAAGAGGCUCUGGUGUAUGCACUUCAUGUCAAAUCAAGCUCACAAUACUGCGCAUCCUGCCUGCUUUCGAUCAACCAGUGUCCACUAUUCCGCUGUUCUAAAUGCAAACGCAUCUUCUACUGUAGCAGAGUGUGUCAGAAAUCUCAUUGGGCUUCACACAAAUGCGAAUGCAGUUGCAUAGUCUCUAGUGGUACUUUUCCUACUGCUACUAUCCGACUUCUCUUCAACAUUAUUUCUUCGAAGGUAAAGAUCUAUGAGGGUAAUCCAUUUCUUGAGUCGCUCGUCUCUCGUGAGUCCAUCUUACUCAGAUUUUAUGUAUCUUUAGAUGUUGAAGAGCUGACUGCCGACAAUGAUACCAGAGUAAUAAUGGAGCAAGCUUACGCCAUGCUAGUGAUGUUUUCUAAUAAAAAUUUAUGUGUUUCUAAGCCGUAUUUCUUCCGUCUUUUUGGGAAGGCUAAAAUAAAUGCCUUCCAACUGACAAAUGAGUCUGGAGAUGAGAUUGGUGUUGCCUUGUUCGAGAGAUCUGCCAAGCUAGAUCAUUCCUGUUCACCCAAUGCAGACUUCGCUUUCAUUGGGAAACGAAUCAAAGUCAUUGCGAGUGAAGAGAUACUUGAUGUAUCCCAGAUACGGAUAUCUUAUGUAGAUCUUCUAGCGUCAAUGAAAAAACGUCGGGAAGAGCUUUCCGAUGGAUACUUUUUUCUCUGCAACUGUACCCGUUGUUCGGAUCUUGAACUGGAUGAACUCUGUUUGGCAGGCCUGUCAGUCAGUAUUUUCAUAUGUAACUGUGCACCCAUGUUAGGAGAAGUUAAGACACACUGCUAUAUCUCGGUCCUGGGUUUUUCCACAGACGCGGUUGAACUCUACAAAGCCUGCGCUGCUGCCGACAUUACUGGCAAUAAUGAAUAUCUGCGUCUUGUCUAUAAACAUCAGGACAGCUUACCCCUACUGCGUCUCUGUCGUACUAUGGUGCUAACUUACAAGGUGAAUAACGACAACGUGAAUGGUAUGCGCAAAGCUGCUUUUGGCUGA